AUGAAAGGUCAUUGUCGUAUUUAUUCAUAUUCAUAUAAAUGGAAAUAUUACGAUGAUAUAACGAAUAAUUUUCCAGGUGGAAUAUUUAAAUAUGUUCGUAAAGUAUCAUUAUUUGAUGAACGCCCUUCUGAACAUGAAUUAUUCCUUCGAAUUGCUCAAUCAUUUCCAUUCAUGGAAGAAUUAACUGUACGUAACCAAAAACGGCAAAUUAAUAAACCAUUUAGAAAAUCAAAAAAUUGA